AUGGUAAGUACGAUGUUAUACUAGGCAUUUUGAGAAAAGAACGCUCUUACCUUUGAGAUGUGAAGCUUUUUCUCCUUGAAAUUGAUCUCAAAAGAGAGUACAGGUCAUAUUCUGAUUAGUCAUUUACAAAUAUUUUUUCUAGGCGACUCUCACCGUCUGCAACGUCCCUCAAGAAGUGGUGGACCGGGUCAAGCAAUUUCGAUUCGCAAAAAGCAAGACCACCGAUGCUUUAAUAUGCAAGUUUCUUAUAGUUAACUGUUAACACAUGUAUCUACAGUAAAAAUCGACAAGGAAUCUAUGACCAUCGAAGUGGAGGAGGAGCUAGAGGUAGGAAAUGUUAUACUAGGUAUAAGAAUUAGUUUUUGUGCGGAAACAGUGGCUAAUGCCAAGUUUAAUGCAUACAUGAUUUCAGGACGUCCUUAUUGAAGAAAUCACUCAAGAAGUCCCUGCCCAUCAGCCUCGAUUUAUUUUGAUAUCUUUCGAAAACAAAAUUGAGGACGGAAGGAUAACAUAUCCGUUAUGCUUCAUCUUCUACUGCCCUCCAGGAUGCCCCGUAGAGCUCACAAUGCUGUAUGCAGGUAGUAGAAACAAUCUGGUCCAGUUAUGUGAACUUUCAAAGGUAAAAAUUGAUCUCCACUUUGAUUUUGCCCAGUGUAAAGUAAAUUUUUUUUCAAUCCCUUUAUGUCUUACUUUGCCCUAUUUGAUGUCCCAAAUUUUCCAGUGUGCCGAAAUCCGCGAUUUGGAAGACAUCACCUUCGAAUUCCUUGCCAAUAAAUGCGCCUAA